AUGAUACCUCCACUCUUGCAUAUUUCCCAUUCAACUGUGCACUCCAAAGGGAGGUAUUAUCCGAAAAACAGUAUUGUUAACAUAACGGUAUUACAUGGACAAGCAUACUUCUUAAAGAGUAGUACCAAAGAUAUCGUCCUACUAAUAAACGAACAUAACUUCAGAUCGGAUGGUAUCCGUAGAACAAUAGCACUCCUGGAAGAUCAGUACCGGAGACAAAAAAGUACUCUUAAGAUCAUCAUACUCCCCGAUUAG